CAUGAGCUUGUGUACAGACAAGAGCCUAGGCCAAGUGUGUCUAUGAGAAAUGGCAGUGAGAUUUGCUGUCGACACGAGCUAACAGGGUUUCCAUGCCAAACCCAUCUUAAGACACGUUUCGGGCAAGCUUAAUCACCCCCAUUGGAGCUCUUAUCUCCCCUUUUCUAUCAUAUAAAUACCAUUAACCCCAAUGUGCUUAUCAGUUAUCAAUCACUUUCUUUCUUCACCUUUUCCUUACUCCCCCCAGGUUCCCUGUUGGAACAAUGUCAACAUCAAUGACGGGUGGUGGCUUUGGAGAAAGAAAACAAGCGAGGAAGCCAGCACAAGCAAGCUCGAGAAAAGGGUGCAUGAGAGGAAAAGGUGGUCCAGAAAACGCUCUCUGCACUUACAAAGGUGUGAGGCAGAGAACUUGGGGUAAAUGGGUUGCUGAAAUUCGUGAACCGAAUCGUGGUGCUCGUCUUUGGCUUGGAACUUUCGACACUUCUCAUGAAGCAGCAAUGGCUUACGAUGCUGCCGCACGUAAACUCUAUGGCUCGGAUGCCAAGCUCAAUUUGCCUGAAUUAUGUGCCAACAACCCUCAGUCUCAACCUUCUUCAGCAGCUAAUCCUCAGAUGGCUCCGAUGGUGAAUUACCAACCCCAAAACGUGAGCAAUUCAGGUAUGAGUAUGAUCAGUUCAUCAUCAAAUAACCCAACUAUUAGGGUCAAUGACAUGACACCAAUACCAGUGUACAACAAUGACUCCUCAGUAAUGCCUUCUUUCCCCAACGAGAGCAUUGAUCUUCAAGGGAACGUGGAUGCAAAGUUUGGACAGAUUACUGAAGAUGGAAUCGAGGGGUUCUGGGAAAAUAUGAACGCCAACUUGCCUCUUUUAGACGACUCCAUUUGGGCUGAAACUGCUAUGUCUUUGGAAUUUCCAAUGAUGGGUGAUCCAGGCAGUUUCGCUAGCAACCUUAUGGAAGCAACUGGUUGGGACGCUUUGCAAUCGCCAUGGUGCAUGUAAAUUUUAAAGCUAAACUAAGCUAAGCUUAACUAGAUGCUGUUAAGAUAAAUGGUACGUCAAAGUCAUAAGAAUACUGUGCAUAAAUGUGUAUAUUAUAUAGAAUAUAUGAGUUUCCUACUGUCUACACUCUAUAUCCAUGAAAACUACAUAGGGUGUUUUCUGUGGUUUAUAACGUGGGUCGGAGUUUUUAAUUCUUAUUUUUAUUUUAUUUAUGUUUCUCUAAGUAUCAAUCACGUGCUGUUUCCAGGCCUAGCCAACCAGCUUCUAUGUUCAAGUAAAGGUUUUGUGAAAAGAACAAAUAUGUGUACAUGUAAAUUCGAAAACAGAAAAUCUUACGUUGUCCACCAAUAAUACGUAGUGUAAGUUUUUCGAAGCCA